AUGAAAACAAAGAAUUCAGUUUCAAAGCUUAUAAUCUAAAAAUGUUUUAUAUUUUUGAUGAAUUUCUACAAAUACUUAAAGUUCUAUUCUAAACUAACUCAAAAAUAUUUAACUUUUAUAAAAUACAGAUGA